AUGGCCCUGAAGAGCCAAGGCUCUUUUCCUUCAAGCACUACAGGAAAAACAUCGAAAUCUGGCAGUUUUUUCCGGCGGUUAGCCUAUAUUAACCUGCGAUUUUUUUGUCUACCGGCGGCUUUACGGCAGUUUUUGCGUAGGAAACUAUUACCGGCGGUUCUUUACCAGCGGUUUAUGUUGCCGGCAGUUUUCCGGCGGCUCCGACCGCCGGUUUCAACCGAAUUUUGGACCGGCAAUUUUCCGGCUGUGACGCCGCCGACUGAUAAAGUAGAAAUACAGGUCGUUAAGAUCAGAUUACAACAGCAACGAGGAUUAAGCCCAGAGCUUUUAAAGUACAAAGGGCCAAUUCAUUGUGCGAGAACAAUUAUUCAUGAAGAAGGCUUUUUUGGUCUGUGGGCUGGAGCAGCACCAACUGUAAUGCGUAAUGGAACAAACCAAGCAGCCAUGUUCACAGCCAAAAAUGCUUUCGACGUUAUUCUCUGGAAGAAACACGAAGGAGAUGGGAAGGUUCUCCAGCCAUGGCAGUCUAUGAUUUCAGGUUUCUUAGCAGGAACUUGUGGUCCUAUCUGUACAGGUCCUUUUGAUGUUGUGAAAACAAGACUAAUGGCUCAAAGUAAGUCUGAUGGCGAAUUGAAAUAUAAGGGAAUGAUCCAUGCAAUUAGAACUAUAUAUGUUGAAGAGGGAGUACUUGCACUUUGGAAAGGUUUGCUUCCUAGAUUAAUGAGGAUUCCACCUGGACAAGCUAUAAUGUGGACUGUUGCUGACCAAAUAACAGGUUUCUAUGAAAGAAAUUAUUUGGUACUAGAUUAAAAAUGUGUUGCUCAUUCUUAAGCCUGCGGGGAAUAUGCACUCCUUGGCCCAUUGAUGCCAUUAUUUGAGAUAUCUGAUAUUCUUUUUUUUUUUUUUUUUGUAUUUUCAGAAUGUUGAGAACAAAUUUAGUGUAGGCGGCAUUUGAUUUGACUUUGACAUUAAUAAGUUUUAAAGUUCUUUAUCAAUUAAACUUGCUGGCAUUGUUA